UUUUUUAGCUAUCGGUAAAAAAGCGGAAAUUGCUGGAGCAAGUGAUCAAACAGGAACAUACAUAUAUUGAAGAAACAAUAGCCACCGAACGACAGCGGCGCGUCACGGAUGGCGUACUCCGGAAGGGUGUUCAGUAUUUGGAAAUGUUUGAGCGAUACAUGAAUGCAUUGAAUGAUGCGGUGGGUGCUGAUCCGGAUGAGCAAAUUUCAAUGAUUGUACCAACCUGUUCUGCCAAUCAUACUGUUUACCUGUGUGAUUUUCAUGCUGAAAAUUUUGGUGAGGUUAUGGCCAGCCAGCGGCGACGAUGGGCAUUGGAACGGGUAAACGCAAUAAUUCAGGAACAUUUGGAACGCAGCCAGCAAGAGCUGAUGCCAAUGUUGCCGUCAGCUAAUGUUGCAAACUUCGGGUAUACGGAGUUUUUGGAAUAUUUAAUAUACAAAAUCGACGAGGCACUGAAAAGUAUUGAUGGAGCACAGAACAGGGCGUAUCACCGAUUACUUCGCUUUCAGCAGAAGUUGAAAGAUAAAAUGGUACGUUGA